AACUCAUACAAAACAAAGAAGUGUAAGAACACAGAAACAUAGAAGCAAGUAGGAAAUAUGCUUAUGCAACAUAUUUGUGUAUCAAAUUCAACUCCAACAUGCCUCAUAUUUCACAAGCCAUGCCUCCGUGGCAUUGCUCAUCCUUCAUUUCAAGCUGGGUCGAGGCCAUCGUUCCCAAACCAAAGGAAACAAAAAAGGGUUACGCAUAAGUGCAAUGGCGAUAUCAAAGCCGUGGCUGUGACUGAAGCAACAGCAAAAUCAGUGAAAGUAAAAGCCACAAUAACUGUUCAACCAACCGUUGGUGGGUUUUUCUCAGAACUUGGAUUAGAACGAGGACUUGAUGAUAUAAAGGAUUUACUUGGUCAAUCACUUCUCUUGGAGCUUGUUAGCACCUCUCUUGAUCCCAAGACGGGGUUAGAAAAAGAAACUAUAAAAAAUCAUGUCCACAAAACGCAUCAAUCACCAAGAGAGGUAAAAUAUGAGGCAGAAUUUGAAGUGCCAGAAAAUUUUGGAGAGAUUGGGGCAAUUUUGGUGGAGAAUGAGCAUCACAGGGAAAUGUUCAUAAAGGACGUUGUCCUCGAUGGCUUCCUGACUGGUCCCGUUAACUUCGCUUGCGAAUCCUGGGUUCACUCAAAAUAUGAUAACCCUGUGAAGAGGGUAUUUUUCUCCAACAAGUCAUACUUGCCAUGGAAGACACCAGAAGGAGUGAAGAGGUUAAGAGAAGAGGAACUGGAACAAUUACGGGGCAAUGGACAAGGUGAACGCAAGAGCUUUGAGCGAAUAUACGAUUACGAUGUGUACAAUGACCUUGGAGAUCCUGAUAGCAACAUUGAUCACAAGAGACCCGUUCUUGGUGGCACCCAAAAUCCAUACCCUAGGCGCUGCAGAACAGGGAGACCUCGCUGCGAAUCUGAUCCGUCGUCGGAGAAAAGAAGUAACAACGUGUACGUGCCUAGGGAUGAAUGCUUCUCAGAAGUAAAGCAGCUAACGUUUUCGACCAAGACCUUAUACUCGGCGUUGCAUGCGUUGAUUCCAACGUUACAAACAGCCAUCGUAGACAGAAAUCUUGGAUUUCCUGUAUUCCGAGCCAUUGAUGAUCUUUUUGAUGAAGGACUCAGCUUGCCUCCUCUCAAAGCCAAAGGCCUUCUCAGGAAUUUGUUGCCAAGGCUCAUCAAGUUUAUCAAAGAUACCGAGGAUGAGAUUCUCCGUUUUGAUCCUCCCGCAACAAUGGAUAAGGACAGGUUCUUUUGGUUAAGGGACGAAGAAUUUGGAAGACAGACUCUUGCGGGUCUUAACCCAUGUUGCAUCGAAUUGGUCACGGAAUGGCCGUUGAAAAGCAAACUUGACCCCAAUGUUUAUGGCCCAUCGGAAUCUGCAAUCACCACCGAAAUAGUUGAACGGGAAAUCAGAGGAUUCUUUACAGUUGAAGAGGCCAUAAAACAGAAGAAAUUGUUCAUACUAGACUACUACGAUUUGUUGAUGCCAUUGGUAAAAGACGUUAGACAACUUGAAGGCACAACACUAUAUGGAUCAAGGGCAUUGUUCUUCCUAACCCACGACGGCACAUUGAGGCCGCUGGCUAUUGAGUUAACUCGGCCACCUAUGGACGGAAAGCCACAAUGGAAGGAAGUCUUCACCCCUAGCUGGCACUCAACCGGUGUUUGGCUUUGGAGGCUUGCCAAAAUUCAUGUCCUUGCCCACGACUCUGGCUACCACCAACUUGUUAGUCACUGGCUAAGAACUCACUGUGCAACGGAACCUUACAUCAUUGCAACAAACAGGCAACUGAGUGCAAUGCAUCCAAUCUACAGGCUAUUGCAUCCACAUUUCAGGUACACAAUGGAGAUCAACGCUCUUGCUCGUGAGGCACUAAUAAACGCAAACGGAGUAAUAGAGAGUGGCUUCACUCCAGGGAAGCUUUCAAUCCUCCUAAGUUCAAUUGCCUACGACAAACACUGGCAAUUCAACUUGCAAUCCCUUCCCGCUGAUCUCAUCAACAGAGGAAUGGCUGUGGAAGACCCAAAUGCCCCUCAUGGCCUAAAACUAACCAUAGAAGACUACCCUUAUGCCAACGAUGGCCUCAUCCUUUGGGAUAGCCUCAAAGGAUGGUUCACUGAAUAUGUGAACCAUUACUACCCAGAUUCUAGUCACAUUGAGUCAGAUAAAGAACUCCAAGCUUGGUGGGAAGAGAUUAUAACUGUAGGACAUGGUGACAAAAAAGAUGAACCUUGGUGGCCUAAUUUGAAAACCAAAGAAGACCUUAUUGAGAUAGUUACCACUAUUGCAUGGACAACUUCAGGGCACCAUGCAGCUGUGAAUUUUGGACAAUUUUCUUUUGCUGGCUAUUUCCCUAACAGGCCCACAAUUGCAAGAAACAAGAUGCCUAUAGAGGACCCUUCGGACCCAGAAUGGGAACUGUUUUUGCAAAAACCGGAAGUGACUAUGCUCAAGUGCUUCCCCUCUCAAAUUCAAGCCACUACUGUGAUGACAGUGUUGGACAUAUUGUCGAAUCAUUCACCUGAUGAAGAGUAUCUUGGAGAAACUGUGGAGCCAGCUUGGGAGGAGGAUCCGAUUAUUAAAGCUGCGUUUGAAAAGUUUAAGGGAAAGUUGUUAGAACUUGAAGGGGUGAUUGAUGAGAGGAAUGCUGAUAGGCGUAGGAGGAACCGAAAUGGUGCUGGGGUUGUGCCUUAUGAGCUUCUGAAACCAGUUUCUGAGCCUGGAGUCACGGGAAAGGGUGUUCCUUAUAGCAUCUCUAUCUGAACUAUAUAUAUAUAAUGUGAAUGUGAGUGUGUACCAUAAUCAUCUCAAAUUCACAAAUUCAAUAACAUGCAUAUGCGUCUACAACAAAUAAAAUACAAUGCAUGGUUUGCCCAAAUCCUUUCCAGUUUCCAAGUUGAUUCAUCUCUUGCUAGUUCCUGCUAGCCUCCUUGUAGAGGUGAAUUAAUAAUUAUUUAUGAAUCUAAAUUAUCUUAAGUAUU